UGGUUAAAUUUGUGAGAGGGCGGAAGUCCUACUACACCUACGUCCGAUGAGCAACGUGUCCCUUGGACAUUCAGUUCCGCCUUAAAUUUACGCCGACAGGGUUUCAUUCCGGCCGGGGCUGCUGCGCUAUAAAGGCUCGGGUCUCUUAAUGGCCAUGGCUAUGGCGAGCAGCAAUAGCAGCCUGACGGAGAAGCCCCAGGUUGGCUGGGACGUCUCUGCCGGCAGCCCCCGCGUCUCGGUCGCCUGUUCCUGGAAGUGCCCGAGCGAUCUGGCGAGGGUUCUCUGCGUCGUCCCGGCGGGGGAAUUCGAUGCGGAGGAGGUUUCGGAACCAGCCCCGAACGGUCAGAAUGUUGUCGUUCUUGAAGGACAAAUAAACAAUGACGGUGUAGUUCCCUGUUUGCUCUACUUGCAUUGUGAUCCAUGUAGAGCUGAAGAAAUUGUCAGUCUAAGUAUUAUAAGUGAAGCAAGGAACAUGGAAGUAUACUUAGAAGAUGAAUACUAUGGAACUGGAAGGGGAGAGCAAGCAUUUACUGUCAAACAUGGCAGCAACGGUGACCAGGUUUCAUUAUACAAAAAGUAUCUUAAAUUGGAGUGCUCCACGGUUUUUUGUAAGAUUAAGCUAUUGUCCAUCAGUGAAAAACAAAGAGUACUCAUCAAUAAAAUCAUAGUACAAGUCCAGUCAGCCUGUGCAAAAACUGUGCCAAGUGUUACAGUAGGAUCAGGAAUAGACCUAGAUAAAGUACAAACUAUAAUGGAAUCAAUGGGAUCCAAAUUAUCACCUGGGGCACAACAACUCCUAGAUAUGGUUCGUUUUCAGCAGAAGAAUGGAAUUUCUUUUGGAGGCAAGUUACAAACCAUCUUAGGAGGAAAUGGAUUUGUGUAUGGAAAAAAUCAUCCCAUUGAUGGAUUGAAAGAGGCAUUUGACUUUGAACGGUUAGGCCACUUGUCCAAUGGACCUUCUCUUUUAAAAGCUAAAACAGUUGCAGAGGAUUUGAAUGCACACUCCAAGAUGACCAAACAGGUUACCGGUAAUAUAUUUGAGCUCCCUGGACUUCAGCCUUGUACUGUACAUACUGAAAAUGACUGUAAAGGGUUGCUGGCAUCAUUUUUUCAAGAACAAGGAAGUGAAAAUUCAAAUAUACCUAAUUCCACAUUGCUGCUUCCACUUCUUCAAACGGUAUGUGGUCAAGUAGAUCGUCUAUCCAUAGAUGAAAAGGAUAAACGCUUUGAAAAAAAGUUUGCUCCUCAGAAAGAUGGAAUUCAAACUGUUGGUUUAGAACAGCAGCAUAUUUGUCUGUAUUUGGAAAAGUUCAUGUCCAAAAAGAUCGACCUGACAGAGAAGAGAUUAAUGGAUUAUAUUGACCUACGUAUGCAAAAACUUCAAGAACAUAUUGAUAAUAAACUUGCUGCAGUAAUGAAUUUGGUUAAUAAUUUGCAUAUUGUUUCUCAAGAAUGUGGUACUUUGAAAGAAGAAAACACAGAUGGGAAGAGGUAGGAAAUUCUUAUAAAAAUCAAAGACCUCAAUAUGUUUUAUAAGGCCGGGUCUGUAUUUUACAAACUUUUUGCUUAUAAGCUUGUAAACAUUUACACCUCAGACUUUGUACUUUUUCUAUAAUUUUGCAAGUAUUAUAUGCUAAUGUUAAUUGUUAUAUAUCUGUAAUGUGCAAAAUAAGUAUUUUUUACAUUUCAGAGUAUUUUCUACAUCUGCUUAUGACCUAUUUAUUUGUAACUAUUUAAAAAUUAGUUUUGGGCAUGAUACAGUGUCUUACUAAAUUAUUUUGAACCCUUCUAAAUAAAGUGCUUUGCAGCUUUAUCAACAUUUGAUAAGAUUUUUAUAGUUUAAUAUAGGGUAAUUUUGCAUAAAAUAGUUAAAUUUCAUCCAUUCAUUCUGGAUUCUAAAUUAAUCUUCAGAAAAAAGGAGAUUAAUUAAGGGAAAAGAGUCAUUGACACAUUCUGUAUCUGAUCUUGUUAUCCAUGUAGAACUUCCAGGUAUUUCAAAAUGUAUUUGUUCUGAUCUUAUUUUGUAUAUAUUUAUCUCUAUUUGACAAUGGUUCAUGGGUAAAUAUUAUACAUAUGAUGAAUUUUUGCAGUAAAGCAAUAGAAUCAAAUG